CGUCUUCUCUGACGCCGCCGUCAUCCCCGCGCCUCCUGGCUCCCUGGGUCGCCCCGCCGGCCGUUAGGCGGGCUGCCGGGGUCCUUCUGUCAGGACCCCUACCCUGUCUCUGAACCGCUCUACGGGCGGCGACUCAUGUGGGGGUUCAAGUUCCUGCGGUCGCCGCCACUGCUGCUUUUGCUACCGCAGCUCGUAAUUCGAGGGGCCGUGUCCAGUUCUGAGGCCAGAGCCAUGAACAUAGGCAGCAGCAGCGCCGCGCCAUGCUCCCCCUCUGCCGAGGGGCGCCGCCAUCAAUGCCUGCAUCUGUCCGCGGUGCCGGGAGCCGAUCCACAGCGUAGCAAUGAGUUGCUCCUGCUGGUGGCGGCAGAGGAGGGACAGGAGCAGCAGGGCCUCGGCGGGGACUGGGCAAGGGAGGAGCCGCAACCGCCGCCCCAGCAUCACGUCCUCUAUUUUCCCGGUGAUGUGCAGAAUUAUCAUGAAAUUAUGACUCAUCAUCCUGAGAAUUAUCAGUGGGAAAACUGGAGUCUAGAAAAUGUUGCCACCAUUCUAGCCCAUCGGUUCCCUAAUAGUUAUAUUUGGGUGAUAAAGUGUUCCCGAAUGCAUUUGCACAAAUUCAGCUGCUAUGACAAUUUUGUGAAAAGUAACAUGUUUGGUGCCCCAGAGCAUAAUACUGACUUUGGAGCUUUUAAGCACCUUUAUACUUUAUUAGUUAAUGCUUUUAACUUAACUCAGAACCGUUUGCUAUCAAAGAAGAAUGUGAAUGCUUCAAAUAAGGAUUCCAGUGCAUCUAACUGUAGAUCCAGUUCUUCUCAUACUACUAAUGGUUGUCAGGAAAAGAAAGAGAGGACUUGUGAAAAAUUUGAUGAGUCUGCCAUGAGUUUUUAUCCACCAUCACUAAAGGGUGCAUCUUUUACUUUGAUUGGAUUCAGUAAAGGUUGUGUUGUUUUGAAUCAGUUGCUUUUUGAACUGAAAGAAGCCAAGAAGGACAAGAACAUAGAUGCCUUUAUCAAAAGCAUAAGAACCAUGUACUGGCUGGAUGGUGGUCAUUCUGGAGGAAGCAAUACUUGGGUUACUUAUCCAGAAGUCCUGAAAGAAUUUGCAGAAACAGGAAUUGUCGUUCAGACCCAUGUAACACCUUACCAAGUACGCGAUCCAAUGAGAUCUUGGAUUGGGAAGGAGCACAAGAAAUUUGUUCAGAUACUUGGAGAUUUUGGUGUGCAGGUGACUAGCCAAAUUCAUUUUGCAAAGGAAGCACCUUCUAUAGAGAAUCACUUCAGGGUUCAUGAAGCAUUUUGAGACUGCAAGAAUAUUAAUGUACUUUUCGGUGGAAGAGCAUAAGCACUUUGUCAUAAAUUCAGAUGAGAUGUAUUUCAGUAGAUGCAUUGUCAUUUGGGGGGUGGGGAAGCACACAUUCCUAAAGUAUGAGUAUAAUGUGCAAUAGUGUUCCUUGCUUGUGAAUGUGAGCAGUUUUUAUUUGGACUGUGUUCAAAUGGCUGUUAAUUUGAAAUCUGAAAAGGAGAAGAUUUAGAUUUUGAAAUUAAAAUAAAAGAGAUAUAAGAACCUUAAAAAUGAUGAGUUACAGUAUAGCUUUAUAAAAGGUAACUAAAAUUAUUAUUAUUGGAAAUCAUUGAUUUUCUGAGUAAUGUUUUAAACUAAUUUUGGUGACACUGUAACAGUAAUUAGCUAUUUUGACACUCAAAACUUUUGAUGGAAACACUCCAUUUCUCUUCAGACAAAGCAAAGGCACACUGAUGUUUUCCAUAAUUUUGGAGUAACUGUACCCUGUCUCUUGUAUUUUGUAAAUUCAUGGACUCAUUCUUUAAAAUAUUAUGAAGUGGUAUUUCCUCCAGAGUCCAAAUAUAUUUGUUUCCAAAUAUCCAAGACUGUGUAAUAAUGUAAAGUUGAGUUUUACAAACAUAUUACAUUUAAGUACUGUGGCUUAAUUUUUAAUUGACAACUUUUGGAUAAGACAUUUUGGGGUGUCUUGAAUCGUAGCCAAAAAAUUCUUUUGGAAAACUGAUUUAAAUGGAACAUAAUUAUGUAUAUUAGGCAAAAUCAUACUACAGAGCAGAUUUCAAAUCAUCUCAUUCUAUCAGUCUUUUGAAAAAGGUCAUCUUGGGUAAAAUAAAUACAUAAAAUUCUAUAAGCUGUAUUUGUUAGUGUUCUAUUGAAAAGGAGACAGAUUCCACAGAUCUAAGUCAAUGUUUCUCCGGAAGCAUGAUUUUGUAUGCCAAAAGAACAACAGCUCUCUUUGCCCAAAAUGCAAAAUUAUAUUGCUGUAAGAAAAGUUACAACGGAAAGUUUGAAGACACAAAUUUUGGCUCAAAAACUGAAUUUGCCUAACAUAAUUUGUGUGAAGUUUCCUUCUGCCCAUUUUUUCUUGACCUAGAGAAAUAUAAUUUGAGAAACCAAGAUCUAAUGAAUGUCACACAAUAUUGAAACUUGGCUGGCUGUAUGCUUCUAGUACAAGGUAGUGGUCAUUUUUUUUAACUGAUUAUUAAUAAUUAGCUUUUGCAAGUCAUGAAAUUACUAAGCAGAGAAACAUGGUGCUUUAGGACCAAAAGAAAAUACGACACUGAAGCUUAAUAUCUCAGUAACCCAGAAGAUUAAAUUUAUAUGGAAUAAAAAUGUUAAUUUCUUGGUUUCUUCCCAGAAUUCUAUUUUAAUGACUCUAUGCUACGAAUACAUUCCAAAUAUUCAGAGACUCAUGAGAAAGUAUUCUUACCUAUCAAAUGCUUAAAAAUAAUACCCCUUUUUUUUGUGCUUUAACACUUAAUUUUAUAAACUUUAGAAUAGUGUCUUAAGUGUUUUGUUUUGUUUUGUUUUGUUUUAAACAACAAAGUAGUUUUCAGCUGCUUCAGUUUCUUUAACUACCUGGUUCUUUUGAGACUAAAAAUUCCCAUCAAGGAAACAAGUCAGUCUGAUUACAGCCUUUUAUUUAUUAGUGUGCCUUUAAGCACCAUGACUGAUUGGAUGCCUGUUUUCAGUUUGUUUAAUAAUCUUGGUUAAAUUUAUAUGUGUGUAAUGUAAAACAGUUGAGUUGCCUAAUGCUCUAGUGAGGGGGGAAAGAAAGGAGUUACUCAUUGAAAUGAAAAAAGUGGGAUUCAGCACAAGGAUUCAUAAAAAAUCUGAGAUAUUUAAAAAUCUAGGUUCUUCAGCUAUCCACAGUCAUGUGAAUACUUAAUUAUCAUUAUAUGUUGACUGGGUAUUAAGAAAAUUCACUGGGCACCAGAAACUGUCAUUGCAGCAAAUUGAGACAAGGUUGAAAAUAAAAAUAUUCUUGAAUUAAAAUAUAUUCAUGUUGAUCCACAUUCAGAUAUUUUGUUUAAUACUUUAAAUUUGUCUUUUCUCCAUACCUAUUUGAAACUGUUUUUGUAAAUGUUAGUGGAUCUUUUUGGAUUGUGCCUUUGCCAUGAAGGAGUCAACUGACAAAAUUAGUCAUACAAAUAAUGUGGAAGUUGUUACCACCACAGCAUGAAUGUAUAAUUGUAUUAAAAUUAAUAAUCCACAGAAGUCUUCUUGGAUGUGCUUCAUAUUUACUUAUUAGCAUUUUUAAAACUCCAGAUCUUUAUUUGAAAGGAAGCUAUUGCUCUCCACCUUGCCAAUUUUGGUCUGUAUAUAUGUUUUUAUUACCCUCCAUAUUGUUUUUUUUCAAAUGAGCAACUUUGAAACUUUAUUGUAAAAAUACAUUUCAUUGUCCCUUUAAAUUGCUCUAUAAAAUUUUUGCAUUAUUUCCAUUUCUUCUGUUGGAUUCCUAGAGAACAAAAUAUCUCACAAAUAAAUGAAUUCUUCCUUUUCUUUGCUAAUUAUCAAAUAUCCAUAUUCUUUUAGCUGUCUUUAAAGAGAUUGGAUUAUGAUGUGGUCUGUGUUUCAUUAUUCAUUCAUCUAAUAUUUAAACAUGCACCAAAGGCAAGGAAGGCAGAGUUCUAGGCAAAGAGGAUAUAGUAUAGAUAAAGUCCCAUCAUGUGAGUGCGGGACACUGAUUACGUGCUUCAACUUGGCGGGCCUGGGCUGGGGGACCUGAUCAGCCCCUGGGGAGGGUGGUGGGCA